CUUGUUCAGACAAAUUUCUGGCGCUUUGGCUUUGAAAACUAUCACAACGGCUUCUUUAAGGCUUGUAAUCGUUUAUGCAAUGUUUAAUUCACAUUAUUACCAAAAAAUCGCGAUGUAAAAUAGUAACGUCGUAUGUAACGUAUAUUUAUGGUCUACAAUCCCGUGUGUCUGUGUUAUGUAUCCGCGCCGCGUAACUGAAAGUUUGUAGGGAAUGAUUCGGCGCGUAUUUUAAAAUUCGGCGUCGCGCAACAGUGCUUCCACGCAUGUGCGGACAAUAGCGACAAAAAUUCGAUGUUUUAUUUGCAGGUAUUUUUACUUAAUUUAAAUGCAAUUAAUGAUUUUAAAUGGUAAAGUUAUUACAAUUAAAGAACAAAAAUGAUAUUGGCGAUUAUAAACUUCAUCAUGGGUUAACACUAUUUUCACAGUCAACUAUAGAUAUCCCAGGAACUAAAUAAUUCUAGAACUAGUAUUAAUAAAAGGACUUUUUACAGGUUGAGUAGAUUUUAGUGACCAACAGCCAGACUGAAACAUGGAAGACAAUUCCGACAUCGACAUGUCCAGGACUGAUGACGAUGAUAGUAUGGUUGAAAUUAUUACCAUUGAUAGCGAUUCUUCAUGUAAUCUCCAGUUAGAUGAAGAGACUAUAAUAAUAACUACUUCGCAAUCUUCUCGUGAGAGCGUAGAGGUUCCAGAAUCCAUGCCGGGACCUUCCACUUCUCGCGGUUCUGGGGACGAACCGUAUGCGAAUAAUAACGUGCCGUAUGAACGGUCAAGAAAUUACGGUGCUGCAAACGUUCCUUCAGCUAAAGAAAUACUAUUUUGCAAAUAUACAGAAGGUGGAGUGACAGUCUAUCAAUUAGUUAAUACUAAUUUGGCACCGACGUCACCAGGGGUCGAAAUCGGUAAGGGCACGAAGCGUAACGCAUCGGAUGAGGGCGAAAGCUCUCAGAAAAAACAAAAGACUAAGAAAGAUGAAGACGAUGAGGAGGACAAAGACGUCCCCAUGUCUUAGUGACUCUGAUGAAUUGAUUUAAAUUGUCGUUACUAAGUUCGUUGUUCGUUCGCCAGUUUGAUUUUUUUGGUAGUUAUUAAUUUAAAACUAUGGCCGAUGAAAACAAUUCCAGUUUGUUAUUUUCUGUGAAUUUGGACAAACAUUUGCCACUAUUUUAUGAAUUGGUUCACUUCUACGCAGGCGUAAGAUGCCUGCAGUUUCGAUUGUUUUUAAGUACUUAGUGACAUUCAUUUUAUAAAAUCCACAUCGUACACUUCAUUCCCUCUUAUCGUCGUACCUUAUGAGGAUCAACUCCGUAAGGGAUUCCUUAUAUUUGAAAUUAAAUUUAUUGGGACCAAGUAAGCAAAUCAUAAAGAAGCCUGGAAAACUCGCACACAAUGCAAACACAGCAGCGAAUGUAGAAACCAUACAAUAUCUCAUUGGAGGGUUUUCUGUGGUUAAACAUUCUCGCAAUCCCUAAUUUAUUUUAUAACAAGUCAUAACAAUGUAUAUUUAUGGAUUUGUAACAUAUUUUGAAUUGUAUAAGUAUUUUUCUAGUAUGUUAAAUUUGACACGACUGGUCGUUGUAAAAUGUCACUAGUACUAAAAUAGUUGAUAAGUUUUUGA